ACGUCACCGUCAAUUUUUUAUCGAAUUGCGAAUAAAUCGUUCUUGAUCUUUAAAUUGACUAAAUAAUACUUUUUGUUUACUUUUUCCUAAAAAAUACUUGUAUAAUGUGUUCAUAGUACUAGCAGUGAUUGUGAUAAUUUCGUGUUUCUGUUGUAAUUGUAAAAAAUAAUACUUUAUAAUGGCGAACAAUCGUAUCCCGUCCGGACCUAACACGCCCGGGAGUCAACAGACACCAACUCAGCAAGGUAUUAAGAUCUUCAUACAAAGAGACUAUUCUGAGGGCACGGCGGUUAAGUUUCAGACGAGAUUCCCUCCUGAGUUGGAAGACAGAAUAGAUCGACAAACAUUUGAAUUCACAAUGGAGAGAUUGAAUGAGCAUUUUGAAAUGGCAGAAACAGCUGAUUGCAGUACCUAUUGUGAAGGCUGUCUUGCUUGUCUCACAGCUUAUUUCAUAUACAUAUGUACUGAGACACAUUAUGAAAAGCACUUAAGAAAAAUUUCAAAAUUCAUAGCAACGCAGAACGAAAGAGUCUACAAUCCCAGAGGUAUACACAUAACAGAUCCUAUACUCAGAGGAUUGAGAGUGAUAGAGAUAACAAUCAUUGAUGUACCAAACUGUCAAAGUCCAACUGGUAACUCGACGACGGCACAACUACGACACACUUGACCACCACACGAAAACAGGGAGUUCUUUAUGUAACAAUUAAGGUAUUGGUUUUAAUAUACUGGUGCUUUGUUACUGUCAUAUUUGUUAUUUUAUUGGACUUAUAAAUUCCGUUACUCGUAAGUGUUAAAAUUAGGUUAAUAAUGUAAAUAAAAUAAUUCAAAUUUGUUUGGAAGUGUCGUUCGUAAGACUUUAUAUGGUCUGUAACGUAAGCACCUAAGUUUUUUAUUAAAACCAAUUGUAUAAUAUAUCAUGUUCAGAUUGGUGAAUACCAAGUGAGUAUGAUUGAACUCCCUAUGCCAAAAUGAUCUUCCGUGCUUUGUGAGGAAUUGCAAAUGUAAGAUGAAAAAUGAUAUUAGAUUGAAGAUUUGAAAUAUAAUCUUAGAUAUAAGACCUUAUUUUUAUCUGUCAUGACAUAGUAAAUUGAAAGAAAAAAAUUGUAAAGAAAAUUAAACCUAUUUUUAAUGUCAAAUAUAUUACUUAUCAAAAUUCAGGUAGUUAGCUUUUGUUAAUUAUGAACAAUUUGAAAAAGAAUACUUUAGUAUAUUUACAACAAAGAAUGCAUUACUUGCUAGACUCGAGUUUGUUAGUAUUUAUUUAAGUCCAUCGAUUUUGAAACUAUUGACAGAUGAAAUACACAUUUACUAUUUCACUCACAGAGAGAGAUGAGCAUAUGAAUAGGGUUUUCUGAUAAAAUCAAACAUGUAUUUAUAGAUAGGUGUUCUUGUUUUAUCUUUUAAAAGAUGUUUAUUAUUGUAAUGAGUCUUGUAACUAUGUAAUCCAUAGUCUAAUAUUAAGAAUGGAUAUAGGAUUAUAAAAUAUAAUAACAUGGAUGUAUCAUAUGGGUUGUAAUAUUAAAAUUUAAUAAAAGUAUUGAAAAUUUAAAACAGACAUCAUAAUUCGAUAAAAGAAAAAAUAAAUGCUAUGCUAAACAUUUCUAAUAAUAUUUACGAUUGAUUAUUUAUAAUUGAUUUAUGAUUAACAUAUUAUGUUGCUUAAAUACUGCAAUAUGUUGUGCAACAUUACAGCUGUUCAAUAUAAAUAUAUAUCAACCUGACAACCGACAUGCUAGCACCUAAAAAAUAAAUAACAUUUUUCAGCGUGUGCAACUCAAAUUCACUUCAAUUUAAGCAUUUCAAUUGAAAUCUAGAUAAGAAACAAUUUUGAUUUGAUAAUUUCAUGUUAAAAAUACACCUUACAAAAUCAGUAAUGAUCGGCAAUUUGAUUUUCUUUACAGAAACCCGGCUGUUAUUAUGUAUAUAAUAAAUACUUUUGAGAUCCUUCAAAUAAAUCUAAGAAUUAGGGUGAUUGAGUGCAGCGAAAAAGGCAGACUUAAGUAUUAUGUCAUAUUAUUAUCAUAUUAUAUGAUUAUAAUAUGACAAUAUUAUAACCAAGUAUAUAAUACUAUUCUCUAUAUCAGAUGAACUUGUCCCUAAGUUUUUGUUUUAAAUGUUGCCACAAGUCAUAUUUGAUGGAUCACAGAAAUAAGAGUAAGUAAUUUAAUUUUGGAAUUAUUAUGACGCCAUUAUGACUGACGAUUGGUCUUUGUUUUUAAUUUUUUUUAACUACUACAUUCAGAAUUAGUGUUUACAUACUUAAAGCAAUUUAGAUGUCGCCAUUGAAAAAGAAAUCACCAAAUGCGAGGAUCACAAGUUCAAAGGUUAAUUUAUAUUAUUACUUUAAAAUUAUAUAUAUGACCUAUUUGGGUGGCAUUUAUUAAGUUAUGAAUAAUUUAACUUUAUAUUGCUAAUAUUUAUUUUAAAACUUAAUUUUGGGCUUAAGAUAGAAUUAAUAUUAUUUAACAAGAAUUAUCUAUGAAUAAUUCUGUAGUUAUAUUUAUUGGAAUAUACAUUUUUAUGUGAGGUGUAUUUUUUUAAUAACAAUAUGAAUAGAUUAUAUUUUUUUAAUGUUCUUUGUGUUCAUUUUAAUCUUGAAUAAUUAUUUAUAUCCUUUUGAUAUUUAGUAACAUACAUAUUUUUUUAGUAUUUUAUUCCGAAUAUGAACCGAUGCACUGAACCUUACUACCUUGUUACUAAUAUUUAUAAGGCUGAAUGUCAUAAUUCCUUGGCUCUUCCAAAGAAUAAAAAAGAUGUUCAUAUCUUUUUUUUCAAAAACAAUGCCAUAAGUCAAAAUUACAAAACUUUUAUUCUAUUUCUAAGUAACAUAUGCACACAAUUCUUUAUUUUAAUGUUAUAUUAUUGCCCCAAUAUAAGUGUAGUUAAACUAAUGAUCUCUUAUAUCCAGUAGAUGUGUGCGAAUAAUAAAUAUCAAAAACAUGGGAUUAUUCUAAUGUACCUAUUCGAUAUGAGAGUGACCAAAAAUUUACUGUGUAAAAUUGUAUAUUGCGUUUUCAUAUAUUAUUACAUUAUUAAUCUUUAAUGAAAAAUAUGUAAUGUAUGUAAAAAUAAAACUAUUUGUACUAAUGGCUUAAGUUAAGAAAUAGUUAUAUUGUAAAAUUUAUUAUGACUUU